AAAUUGACCAAGAAUAAAAAAAUUUCAAGAGUUCAAAAUAUUUGCAGUUUGCAGUUCUUGCAGUCUUGCAUCUUGCACAUAAAGCUCUGGGUGUAGCUUUGGGCCCUAAAGAGUAUUUGUAUGUAAGAGUUGAACCGAGGAAGGAAAGCUACAGGAUUCCAAUGAGAGAGUAUCAGUAAGAGAUGGGUGUCAUCUUCCUGGAGCACAUCGGCGGCACGCGUCUCUUCUCCUGCGCGUCCUGCGACACGAAUCUGACUAACCGAGAACAAUUGAUAAGUACACGGUUUACCGGAGCAACAGGCCGCGCAUUUCUCUUCAACAAAGUUGUCAAUCUCAAGUACAGUGAAGUUCAAGACAGGGUCAUGCUGACUGGUCGACACAUGGUACGAGAUGUGAGUUGCAAGAACUGUGAUGCCAAAUUAGGCUGGAUGUACGAAUUUGCGACGGAUAAGAACCAACAGUAUAAAGAGGGAAAAGUUAUUUUGGAGCGUGCACUCAUUACUGAGAGCGAUGGCAUUGGAGACAACAUAUGAGUUGUGCAAUGUAUUUUUAUUAUUAGAGACUCUAUUAGCUUUAACCUUUACUGUACAAUGACUGUAAUUAUUUUAUAUUUAUUAUAAGACAUACGACAAAGUAUGUUAAAGGCAUAUAUUGACAUUUGACACAUAAUGACUUCUAGCUCAUCUAGAUAAAAUUUACUGUGUAAUCUCGUAUUUUGAUUGAGUGAUUGAAAUAUUUUAUGGAUUACAAAAAAAAGUUUUAUUUUAAGAGAAAAAGUAUAUUAAUAGCUUUGUUUGUGUGAUUUAUAAUAUAAGUUGGUUUUAUUUAAAAUGUUUUAUCGUUAUAAGUGUCCAGUAAAGAUUUAACAUAUUUGUAUCAUGUUUGCAGAGAUUAUACAAUUAAUUACGUGCAUCUACAAACAUAAGAAAGAAA